AGCGUCCAAUCCUGGCCCGGGAGGCAAGCAGGCGCGCGCUCCCCGCCCUCAAAAGGCAGGGCCAGGCGGCAGAGUUGUGCAAGCGGCGGCCUUGGUUUGUUUCUGUCCAGCGGCCCAAAGAGCCAGGCGGUGUCUCUGCUUCGUCUUCCAAAAUGCUCUGCCGCUUAGCUUCGCGGAGCAGCCGCAGAAAUGCCAUUCAGCUCCUUGCAUCACUCGGCUGCCUGGCCUCCCGACAGAAGCACUCUCUUCCUGACUUGCCUUAUGAUUAUGGUGCACUUCAACCCCAUAUUAGUGCAGAAAUAAUGCAGCUUCACCACAGCAAACAUCAUGCCACAUAUGUAAAUAAUCUGAAUGUUGCUGAAGAAAAAUACAAAGAGGCCUUGGCAAAAGGUGAUGUGACUGCUCAGGUAUCUCUUCAGCCGGCUCUGAAGUUCAAUGGCGGAGGUCAUAUUAAUCACACUAUCUUUUGGACAAACCUUUCUCCUAAUGGUGGAGGAGAACCUACAGGGGAGCUAAUGGAAGCAAUUAAACGUGAUUUUGGCUCCUUUGCAAACUUCAAGGAGAAAUUAACCACCGUCUCAGUUGGUGUCCAAGGAUCGGGUUGGGGAUGGCUUGGUUUUAACAAAGAACAAGGUAGACUGCAGGUUUCUGCUUGCUCCAAUCAGGAUCCUCUCCAAGGAACCACUGGUCUUAUUCCCUUGCUAGGAAUUGAUGUGUGGGAACAUGCAUAUUAUCUUCAGUAUAAAAAUGUUAGACCUGACUAUCUCAAAGCUAUUUGGAAUGUGAUCAACUGGGAAAACGUAUCUUCAAGAUAUGCAGCUUGCAAAAAGUAGGGUAAAAUUCUUAUACAGACUCAAACAAGAACCUUCAUGUUCCUUGGAUCAUUUUUGUACAACCUCUAACAGUUGACUUGGUAAUUCCUCCACCACUGAAAAUAUAGCACCUCAAAUAAAAGGGGUUUUUUGCCAUUAAGUUAAACGUUUGUCUAAUUUGGUGAAAGUUAAUAAAGUGUAGGUCUUAAAAGUGCUAAGCUGCUCUCCAGAAUGGUAAUAAUUUAUUCGGUGCUAUGAAUGAACAUGAUUUUUGAAAACAUCCGGAUUACAGUUGAAAACUUUCUUGUAAGUUUGAUUAUUCCUUCAAACGUGUUUCUUGUGCUGCAAAGACCGAGCUAGGCAUGCCAAAUUUAAGAGCAGGAUCUGAGACAUAUUAAUAGCACUUCAAGAGCAUUUUGUAACCUAAAUUUCCUGAAAACUGCUGUAUAUCAUUGUGGAUAUGCUGGGUGGGUAAAAGGCAGUAUUAAAGACAGGAGUUUGUUUAAACACAACAGAAACAUUUUGAACGUAUCUCACAGCUGUUAAAGGCUGGCAAGUUAGCUUUCAUGAAAUCUGUUAAAAUAGGGAAAGUCAUGAUCAGAGAAAUUGCACCAAAUGAAGAGAUUAUGUGAUUUGUGCUUGGCUUAUUCAUUAUUUGUGUAGUAUCUAUUUAGGGCUAUUUUUGUAGUGUACUAUUAAUGGAUGAUAACCAGAUUGUUUUCUGAGACUGGUCUGUAAUGGCUUCCUUUUUUUGCACUACGAUGUCUGAUUUUUGUUCUCAAAAUAAAAUCUCAAAUGGAUUCAACCUCA